UUUGGGUGGGGGAAGAGACCACGGCUGGAUCCCAUCCCGAACCUCCAAAAGGCGAAACUUCAGUCGACUACCGCCAAUCCUUGCUCCUCCACUCCCAUUAUAUCUCACGCCUCGCCUCUCGUUUUUUUGCUACUCUUCACCCCUCCGAGAUUCCACUCUUCGACCUCUGUCCUGCAGCUCUUCAGCAACUCUGAUCCGCCUGCGGUCCCACCUCUCACUCCCAAGGCCUUGCAACGGCCCUCGGCACCUAGAGGGCCUCCUCGAAAACGCUGCAUUUCCGGUUUCGCUCAGAUUUGCGAUGCCAGUCCAGUCCUGCCUGCUCGUGAAGGAUUGUCGCUAAUCUAUAGGGGUGGAGGUUUUCCCGACUUGAAAUUUUGUUCAUAUCCCGGUCGCAUUGCCCGUAUCCUUAUCGCUGGUCGCCGCCACAAGCCGUUGAUCGAUCUCUGUGACGUUGGUCGGGAGCUCCCUUCGUUGCUUAACCCCCUUCAUUCCUCCCAGCAAAUCAUGCUCCCGCAAUGCCAGGGCCCCGUUUGGGCCAUCGACGACCUGUCGCAUUGCUUCCAGCGCAACGUCCUACAAGUUUCGCUGCCGCUGGCUGCAUGCGCCUUAUCCCUGCUCGUAAUCGUUCUCCACCUGACUUAUCGCUAUGCCACCGCUCGAAAAGGCGUCGCCUACAAGGUUCUUCCUAACGAUACCUCCGAUGACGAAAAUGUUCCCGAUGCCGCGGAAACCGAAUCGGACCCUAUGCUCCAACAGGCCGUGCAGAGCGAGCAAGUCGAACUCGAGGUCGACCGCCCGCGGGGCGAGAUUGCCGUCGUUGCCCUUGAAAUCGCUGCGCUCGUCGGUCAGGUUGUGCUUUACGCAGUCAUUCUCACCACCCACGGCUGGGGCCGUCACGGAGCUCUUCCCGCGACGGCAGGUCUGAUCUCGUGGGGCUAUAUACUUUUCUUGGUCUUGGUCCGACUACUGUUGUCUAGCAUGGAUCUAUUCUCCGCCCCGAGGCUGUGGACGCAUACGGCCGUUCUGUACGGUGCUCAGUGGCUUUUCAAUGUCAUGGUCUUCCGAUCGGCGGUCAUUCAUCCUAUAUCUCGACGUGCCUUGAUUCUUAGCAGCAUCGAGUUUGGCCUCAGUACCUUUCUUUUGUUACUGUCUCUCACCACUCGCCGAGGUAACAAGCCCGUACUAGUGGAGCGCGAGGAUGGAUUGGAACCCCCACGUCACCCGAUGGCCAGUUUGCUGUCUCUUGCGACCUUUUCAUGGUUGGAUUCGCUGGUUAUGAAGGGAUACCGUCAGCCCCUCGAACUGGAGGACGUGUGGAAUCUGACUCCCUCUCAGAAGGCCGCGGCAGUCCUUACCGAUUUUAGAAAACGGCAGAUGAAGGGCUCGUUGGCCUGGAAGCUCAUCCGCUUCUUUAUUGGAACCAUUUUGAAACAGGGUGCUUGGACUAUUUUCGCCAACCUCUUCGUUUUCGUGCCGAGUCUCCUCCUCAAGGCUAUCCUCGAAUAUGUCGAAGAUCCCCGUUCAACAACCCCGAAUGCUGCCUGGCUCUACGCGAUCCUCCUGUUCUUCUCUGCUAUUAUUCAAGGUGUUGCAGAUGGCCAGGCCCUGUGGAUCGGCCGCAAGAUGGGCGUUCGGAUCCGCGCCAUCAUUAUUGGAGAAAUUUAUGCCAAGGCUCUUCGACGCAAGGCCGGUGCUGCUACGGACGCGGCGAAGAAGGCCUUGGAGGACUCGAAUGCCUCCAAGGAUAUAAAACCUAAGAAGAAAGGAUUGCUUUCGUUUGGCCGAAAGAAGAAGUCAACCACAAACGGAGAUGAAGCCGAAGCUGAAACUGGGACGGCAAAACCUGUCGGGUCGGAUCUGGAUGAUGCUGCCGGUCAGGCAAAUGUUGGUACUAUCAUUAACUUGAUGGCAAUUGAUUCUUUCAAGGUCAGUGAGGUUGGUGCCUAUCUGCAUUUCCUCUGGGCCAGUGUUCCCGUGCAAAUUAUAAUGGCCGUCACCUUGCUCUACAAGAUUAUGGGUUUCAGCUCUUUCGCUGGUAUCGCAUUGAUGGCAUUGAUGCUACCCGUCAACCUCUUUAUCGCCCGUCAAUUCAACAAGGUCCAGAACGCUAUCCUCAAGGGUACUGAUGCUCGUAUCCACGCAACCAACGAAGUUCUCCAGAACAUUCGCAUCAUCAAGUACUUUGCCUGGGAGCAACGAUUCCAAGACAUUGUCAACGAAAAGCGCAAGGCAGAGCUCAAGUCCCUACGUCGUCGUUAUAUCUUAUGGUCUUGUGCUGCGACGGUGUGGUAUGGAACGCCGAUUCUGAUCACUUUCCUGUCAUUCUUCCUAUAUACCGUCGUAGAGAAGAAGCAAUUGACCCCCUCGAUUGCUUUCCCUGCCUUGUCAAUGUUCUCUCUUCUGCGUGUUCCCUUGGAUCAACUGGCCGACAUGGUAGCCCACGUUCAGGAGUCGAAGGUCUCUCUGGAUCGUGUGGAUCAGUAUCUGAACGAGGACGAGACCGGGAAAUACGACCAGCUGCGUGAAAGCAGUGUCGCGGAUGGACCUUCUCAGAUCGGACUGGAGCAGGCAACCCUCACCUGGGGAACUACCAGUCCUCGUCCUCAAGCCACUUCGUCCUCGGAUAGCGGCGCUGAUGCUUUCCGCCUCAUCAAUGUGAAUGUCAAUUUCCCAGUGGGUCGUCUGAGCAUUAUCGCCGGACCUACGGGCUCUGGAAAGACCUCGUUGCUCAUGGCUCUGCUUGGUGAAAUGCGUCUUGUGGAAGGUCGUGUUCAUCUUCCCGGAGGCAUGGCUAGCCGUGCCGAACUUCCCGUUGACCCCGAGACUGGUCUUAUUGACAGUGUUGCGUACUGCGCCCAGGAAGCUUGGUUGGUCAACGACACUGUCAAGGAGAACAUCAUCUUCGCCUCUCCGUACGAUGAAAAGCGCUACCGUGCCGUGCUCAAGGCUUGUGCCCUCGAACGCGACAUUGAGAUCCUUGAUGCCGGUGACCAAACCCUUGUUGGAGAAAAGGGUAUCAGUUUGUCCGGUGGUCAGAAGCAGCGUAUCUCCCUGGCUCGUGCUGUCUACAGCAGUGCUCGCCACUUGUUGUUAGAUGACUGUCUCUCCGCGGUUGACUCGCACACGGCGAAGCACAUCUUCCGUCAAGCCUUGACUGGCCCGCUCAUGUUGAACCGCACAUGUGUUCUGGUGACCCACAACGUUGCUCUGACCGUGCCUCAGGCUGACCACGUUGUCGUUCUCGAGAAUGGAAAGGUUACUGCACAGGGCAAGCCCGACGAAGUUGCAUCUAGUGGCGCCCUCGGCGAAGAGUUCUUCAAGUCCCAACCUGCUUCCCGUGUUAGCUCCCGUGGUCUGUCCCGCGUACCUUCGCAACAUGAAGACGACGCGGCGGACGUGAAUCCCGCUGCGGCUAAUGGAAACGCCAACGGUACUGCCGACAAGUCGCAAAAGGACAAGGACGAAAAGUCACGCCUGACGGAAGGCAAGGCUACUGGAAGUAUCAAGUGGUCGACUGUCAUCAUGUACCUGCGGUCUAUGGGCUCUUGGCAAUACUGGGUUUUGGCUGUUUCCGUAUUCUGCAUGCAACAGCUCGGCUCGGUCUCGACCAACAUCUGGAUUCGUCAGUGGGCCAACUCGUAUCGCACGUCAAACCUGAACGCCGAUGGUGAUGUUGGUAGCUACGCUGCCGUUGCUCAUCUCAAGCCGCCCACUUUCAACGUGGGUAGCGUCUCGAAGAUGAGCACCUGGGGUGCACCUCAGCUCGGCUCGCGAUCCUUUGGCCCUGUCACUGAUGAUGGACAAGUCAAUGUGGGAUACUACUUGGGCGUUUAUGCGCUCCUGGGUGUCUUGUACAUUCUCAUUUCCCUGUCUCGCGAGGCUGUCCUUUUCUGGGGUUCUCUGCAAGCCUCCUGGAAGAUCCAUGACAAUCUUCUCAGGGCCGUGAUGCACGCCAAGUUCCGUUUCUUCGACUCUACUCCGCUUGGUCAGCUCAUGAAUCGUUUCUCCAAAGAUGUCGAGUCGGUCGACCAGGAGGUCGCGCCCGUGGCUAUCGGCAUGCUUCAUAGCUUAGCAUCGGUCAUCAUGAUUGUCAUUCUGAUCUCUGUCAUCACGCCUGGCUUCUUAAUCGCGGGUAUUUUCAUCACACUGGUGUACACCGCUCUCGGUGCCGUCUACUUGAAUUCUUCUCGAGAUCUCAAGCGUCUGGAAUCGGUUCAGCGCAGUCCAUUGUAUCAGCAAUUUGGCGAGACCCUGAAUGGUAUCGUCACUAUUCGUGCUUAUGGCGAUGGUCCUCGGUUCAUUGUCGAUAAUCACCGCCGUAUCAACGCCUACAACCGGCCACACAUUUAUCUGUGGGCUAGCAACCGUUGGCUCGCUCUUCGUGUGGACUGGACUGGUGCCUUGGUGGCAUUCUUCUCUGCUACUUUUGUCUUGAUCAAUGUCGGCAAGAUUGAUGCCGGUGCUGCUGGUUUAUCUCUGACCUAUGCUGUUACCUUCACUGAGAAUGUCCUCUGGCUUGUUCGUCUCUACUCGGAGGUCCAGCAGAACAUGAACUCGGUUGAGCGUGUCCGCGAGUAUCUCGAAGUUGAUCAGGAAGCUGCUGCCAUCAUCCCCGAGUCUCGGCCAGAGACCAACUGGCCCACCCAAGGCGCUGUCGAGUUCAACGGCUAUACCACACGCUAUCGUCCUGAUCUGGAUCCCGUGCUGAAGGAGGUGUCUUUCUCUGUGAGGCCCGGCGAGAAAGUGGGUAUUGUCGGCCGCACUGGUGCUGGCAAGAGUUCCCUCGCUCUCGCUCUCUUCCGCGGCUUGGAAGCCGAGAAGGGUCAGAUCAUGAUCGAUGGUGUCAACAUUGGAUCUAUCGGCCUUCGCGAUCUGCGUGAGGCUAUUACCAUUGUGCCACAGGAUCCCACUUUGUUCACUGGUACUAUUCGCAGUAAUCUCGAUCCCUUCGGCCUUUUCAGCGACGAGGAGAUCUUCACAGCCCUUCGUCGGGUCCAUCUCAUCGGCUCCAGUACCUCUGGCACUGCAACCCCAAUGAGCUCGAUCACGGCUGUCGAAGCCAAUGGUAUGAACGGUAGCACCGCGUCUGUCGCCGACAACAAAAACGUCUUCCACAACUUGGACAGUCUAGUUUCUGAGUCCGGCUCCAACCUGUCCCAGGGUCAGCGACAGCUCCUGUGCCUGGCACGUGCUCUUCUCAAGAAGCCCCGGGUUCUGAUGAUGGACGAAGCUACCGCCUCAAUCGACUACGCCACCGACUCCAAGAUCCAAGAGACUCUGCGGGAACUGCGCGAUAGCACGAUCAUCACUAUCGCGCAUCGUCUGCAAACCAUCAUCGACUACGACAAGGUCCUCGUCCUCGAUCACGGCCGCGUCAUCGAGUUCGAUCACCCCUGGACUCUGAUCAACAAGGAAGACGGCAUGUUCCGCGGUAUGUGUGAUAACAGCGGGAACAUGGAGGUUCUACUAGACGGUGCUAAGCGCGCCUGGUCUCAAAAACGACUGGUGGAUGAUUCUUAAACAAACAUCCUCCCAUUUCCUACCUACCAGUCCAACAACCCCUCUCGGUACAUAAUUAUCAUUUUUUCCCGAUUCGCCCUCUUGUGCAUGCUCCUAUCCCUCCUCGCUCUUUCGCGAGCUGUCCUGCAAGAAACGGUUUCGUGUAAUUUUUUCUGCUUUCCAUUUUUUUUUUUUCCUUCUUUUCGGUCCUGGUCUCUCUGGGCAGCAUCCGUGUACUAUUCAUUGUUAUCUAGCCAUUUUUAUGGUUUUGCGGCGUCAUGGGUAUGCAUUUCCCCCGCGAAUCCGUUCAUCACUGUCCGCAUUGUUUGACUUUUGUUUCUCUUGGAUGUCGAUCAUUCUUCUUGUCACCGUGCUUAUGAGAUGUCAUACCUUCCAUCGUCUAAGCCCGUGUUCUGGCUCGGGUGUGUUGGAGGAAAUACUAUUGGCAUUGGAGGUGUCUCUAGCGUGGAUAGAAAAUGGAAAGUGAUUGGUUAAUAGAAUGUGCUUAUCUUCAUAGAUUGUACAACCUGCUAGCUCCGUAGCUCCGUAAAGAUGGCGCUAGAUACAAUAGACUGAGAAGUGUUUGGUUUUAACCUUCUGCCUUUUGAAGAAUCCAACUUGAUGCGAGGUUAUGUGAAGGAAUGAUCCUGAUUUUCCUGUCAUGUUCUCUCUCAUCCCUUCGUGUUAUACAACCAAAAUACAUUCACCGAUAACUAACCCAAAUCAACCAGGGAGUAACGAGCCGAUCAGCAGCGCAGAAUUGGGGCAGGAUGAUAGUUUAUGGGAACGCCAAGCUCAAGCCACGGUCUCGUUUAAGUUUGAAGGUGACCCGCGAAUGCCCCUCGUUGAGGCAUGGCGACCAGCCAACCAGUGAAACACGACCCCAACUCACAGGAUCACGUUGUCGCCCAUGGCAGAUUGUGCACCGCGAACACGGGGUCCAUGGCAUGAACCCGAGCUAAGGUGUGAGACUCGGGGACCCUGAGUGCCUGGACAGGAGCGAAUAAGAACAGUCGAUGGAUCGAUUUGGAUGAGAACCGAGUUCGAUUCGAGUAAUUGUCGCUGCUCUGAGAAACCCCUGUUCGUGUUGAGAGAGCCCUGCGUCGCUCUUCCCCAGUGGCAUGCCAUAGCACCAUGCACGUGUGAUCACUGGGAGCUUUAAGUCGACCCAGGGGGGGGCGCUACCCGAAGGGUUUAGCGCGGUGGGUGGGGACAUGCUGGAUCCAGUCUCCAGGAAAUAGCUCGGCAUAAGGAGUGGGUUUUACCAUUUCGCAGUGCAUAAAAGAGCGCUGCCGAGGAAAAUAAGUGGAAGUGGUUGUUGCGGGGCCGCAUCAUAAUGUGUAAGACCAGCACGAUGUUCCCGCAAACGACUUCAGCGUCGAGCACGCAGACAGCCCCUGAUGACAGUGAGCAGAGCGAUGAUCGAGCUUGCGAUCACAAAGAAGCGGAAUGGCGGGAGGAGAGAGGGCAGCAUUUCCCAGACGGACUGCGUCGUUUCCAAACGGUCCAAUUCGGACAUCAGAUCCCGAAUGGGGAUCAUCCGUGCACGGGGGGUGUCGAUCACUGCAUCCGGAGAUUCGGGUGACUUUGAGGUUUGGCCAUGCUCGCUGGCGAGGAGGCCUGCUUCUCCCAUCGCGGUCGACCGGUCGGUGACUUCAUCAGCGUCAGGGACAGUUUCGGGGAAGUAAUAAGGGGUUCGUUUAUUCGGGUGGUUGUGGUUGUCUUUGUCAUUCCUGGAGACUGACUGGAUGGUCGGGGACCAUGACGCGUCUCGGGACGAUAAGGAUUCUGCUUCUUUGGCAAGGCCGAUUUCUUGGAGCCCUGGCUGGGAUGGUAUAGCUGCAGCUGUGACUAGGCUGGUAAAUGCCAGAGCCAGAGAGAGUCGUGCGAGGAGCAUUUUGUGUUUGCGAUGUUGUGGCACUAUAGUAGUACGGCCGUAGGAAUACUCGUACUGAUAACAAGGACUGAUAAGCGGAUGAGGCGGUGCUACAUCACUGGGUGAGAGUUGUAGAUGUGAUAUUGAGAUGGACUCAAUGUGAGAUAUGAAAGGGAGAGAGAGAGAUUCGAAAAAGGAGAAGGUGUGAGGGGUAAAUGUAUAAGAAAGAAAGAAAGAUAAGGACUGCCACGAUCGGAUUCGGCGGCACUCAUCGCGGGCCCCGGCGGGCUUGGCGCCUUGGUCAGCCCGGAGUUUACGAGUACGCUAACGAUCUCGGAGAAGGUGAUUGGCAUUGCCGUACCUUCGAGCCUCAAGAUUUACUCUUUGCAUAAAUCGUUUUGAG